GGCCGCCAGGGGGGAGAAACCCGAUUAUUAAUUUUGUUCUGCAGAGGCAGCAGAGCUAAAAGAUAAACUGAUACGAUUUGAAUUCAUACUUUGUUCUGCAGACAGCUGAACCGUCCUCGCAGGGUUGUAACGGUUGUUAUGGUGCGGUUGUGUGGCACAGAGCUGCGAAGGCGGAGAGAAGGCGGCCCGCAUGAGAGGUGGAUCAUAGGCAUUUCAACAAUUAUGACUUGGGCGUUGAGUUUGGCAAAUAAGGAAUCACACGAGGAAGGUGGGUCCCAGUUGCCUGCGAGUAAGAAUGAAGAAGAUGGAGGAGGAGGAGCAGGAGGAUCAGCACCAGCAGCAUCAGCAGUAGCAGGAGGAGCACUGGCAGCAGCAGGAGGAGCAGGAGGAGGACGAGGAGGAGGAGGAGCAGCAGCAGCAGGAGGAGGAGGAGGAGGAGGAGGAGGAGGAGGAGGACCGGGAUUAGGAGGGGGAGCAGGAUCCACAUCUCCAAGGAGUAAAGCACAAUCAAUAUCGACAUCGCCAAGGAAUAGGAUUGAAGAAGGGGAGGUAGGCAGUCCAAGGUCACCAGGAAACAGGAUACAACCUCUCACUGCAGAGGACGAGGGGAAGAGGAAAAUUCACCCUGACUCUGUCAUCACAUUGGAACUGGAAAAGUCCAUCGUAUCUGCUCAAGUGAAAGGAUUGCUGAGGGCAAGCAUCGUGUGGCCAGGAAUUUUCUACGGAAAAGGAGAAUGGGCUUUUCAACAUUUCUUCAAGGCUGCUUAUGUGUCAGAGAGUGGCAGCAUUCCUUGUUAUGGCUCAGGGCAAAAUCACCUGCCAAUGAUUCAUGUGCUUGACUUCGCGACAUACGUCACACAGCUGGUAAAGGAGAGACCAGAUGGACAUUAUUUUCUUGCCGUAGAUGGGACAAAUCCAACCCUACAGACAGUAUCUCAGGCCAUAGCCAAAUCAAUGGGCAGCAAGAGCGUGGAGAUGGGCCCGAUGAUCCCAGCUUCGACUCCGACCGUGGGAUCAGGCCCAUCUACCGUGAUUCAGGACUCCGAGAAGAGCGCCAACGGCAGCAGCAGUGUCAGCUAUUUACUAGUGAACCUUCCAUUAGCCCGGACGCCAAUUCCAAAUGUUUCAUUCCAGUUUGAGGGAGGGAUGAUAUCAAAUAUGGAUAAGAUUGCUAAAGAGUAUGCAGUACAUCACAAGCUGGCGCCUUUGAGAGUAAUCAUACUCGGAAGUCCGGCCUCCGGCAAAUCAACAUUAGCCGCUUAUCUUUCGGAGGUGUACAAAGUGCCAUGUGUUACAACUCUAGACGUCAUCAAGAAGACAGCUUUACAGGAGGAAUGGGACACAGAACUUCAAGCUGCAGCGAAGAGAGUGAUUGAGAUGCAAUCAUUGCCGUCAACUCCGAGGAGAGGAAAUAAGGGAGGUGGCGGGUCAUCGAGGCCGACAACUCCAAGGAAAGGAAAUAAGGGAGGUGGUGGGUCAUCGAGGCCUACAAGUCCAAGAAAAGGAAAUAAGGGCGGUGGCGGGUCAUCGAGGCCUACAACUCCAAGGAAAGGAAAUAAAGGAGGAGGGGCAGCAAAGUCGCGAUCGGGAGAGAGACUGCCCGAUGUUGUGCUUGUGAAGAUGUGGAAAAACUAUCUUUUAUCGACCAGACAUCACCUUUUGUUUGGGUUCAUUAUGGAUGGUUUCCCUAAGACCGCUUCUCAGGCAGAGCUGCUAUUUACAGAAGAAGGGAAGGUUUCAGCAGAGGAAGCAGAGCGAGAGGGGGAGGAGGAAGAGGAGCAGGAGGUCGUGGUAAUGGAAGAGGGGGAGAAGGAUGAUGACAAGGAAAGAGAGGUGGUGGUCAUCGAGGACGGGGAGGAAGAGGAGGUGGUGGAGACUAAGUCCCAGGACAAGAACCCGUCCCCAGCGGCCAUCCUAGGCACAGAUACAGGAAUAGACUAUAGGUCGAGAAAGCAGGUAGACAGUGGGACUCGAUCUCUUGACCAAGGAGGCGAUGUUGCUAUGUCUCGGAGCAAGGAAAAGAUGACACGUGGCACUGCGAAGGGGACGGACGAGGAGACGCAGAACAAGGCAGAAGAGAAGGAAGAAUCCGGCGAUGGCGAGGAGAAGCCCGAGAAGACGAGAGGGCAGGAAAAGGAGGUGGAGGAUGGGGAGAGUCUUUCCUCAGCUAUGAUCUCGAUUUCCACCCCUUUUGCCGCCUCCUCCCCUCCCUCCUCCUCUUCCUCCUCCUUCUCCUCCUCCUCCUCGUCCUCUGCUUCCUUUGCCGCCGCCACCGCCGCGGAGGGAGGGAGCAACGAUGAAGAUAGGUGGAGCGUGAAAGAGGUGCUGAGCUGCCCUGGCGACUGCUCAGGGAUUGCCACGUGUAACCUGGAGCUUGGCCGUUGCGAUUGCCCUUAUGGACGGACGGCUCCGGAUUGCUCCGUCGAUGGCCUGCUAGCCUGCUGGUUAUCUCCCACCUACCGAACUACCUGCAGUUGGCCUGCGACUUGCUCCUGCUACAAGGACUGCAGUGCCCUCGGGAUCAAGGUGGGAGGGCGUGGGUGCUUCGACGUCUCGCUCUCUGCGGUCCGUCAGCAAGCUGCAGGUCACGCUGGCUAUGGCGAUGGCCCGCACCAGGACCUCGAUACAGCAGCCCAGCAGCGUCCCGAUCCGGACCAGAUACCCCGCUACCAGCACGCUCCCCCUGACGGCGAUGGGCAUAACGUCACUAAAGUGUCUGGCGACGGGGAGCAGCUGCAGCUGCAGCUGCCGGCGCUCAAUCACCUCAAGCGCAGCUCGGUCUUUCCGUUGACGUCAACGCAGAUGCUGGAAGAAGGGCGAGCUCGGAUGGGUGAUGAUCACUACCUGCAGUCGGCGGCCUCGCCGCCAUCGGAGUCGGAGACUCGGCCGGGAGACCGACCUCUCAUCGAGACGGCGUGGACGCAACCGCUGCUGUUCUUCAGAGGGGAGGACAACCUGCGUCGAGGGGUGUUUGUGCAAGCUUCGCAGCUCCAAGCAGAGCUGCUCAAUCAGAUGCGGAAUACUGUUCCCGCACUUGGAUUGGAGGCUUGUCCUGCUAAGUGUCAUUUUCGGGGCUGGUGCCACGAAACGAGGAGUUGCCGGUGUCGUACAGGAUUUACUGGGUUCUCCUGUGACCACGUCGCCCACGUCCCUUUCUUCUCCACUUGCCUUAACAACUGCAGCUUUCAUGGAGACUGCGAGUCUGGUGUCUGCGUUUGCGACGUAGGGUAUUUCGGGAUAGAUUGCUCUCUCUACUUCAGAGAGAACCUGGACGUCGACAGAGAUCCAGAGCACCCGAGAGUCUCGGAUGUGACCGCACGUCAGAAGAGGAAGACUGCCUCUCUCCGGUGGUUGCUGCAGUCGGGGCGCAAAAGAGUGUUUGUCGAGGAGCAGGAGCAUCAGGGAACGGACGAGGGGAAGCAGAAGGAGAGCCAAAUGCAGGACAAGGAGAAGGAAGAGGAGGGGAAAGAGAAGCAGAAGGCGAAUGAAGAGGAGGAGGAGGAAGAGGAGGGAAAAGAGAAACAGAAGACGAAUGCAGCGGAGGCGGAGGAGGAGGAGGAGGAGGAGGAGGAGGGGGAGGGGGGAGGAAUUGAAGCUGCGAAGAAUGACAGUUCUUUCCCUGAUUCAGAGGAAGCUCCGCUCACCACUUUUGUUCCUAAUGAUAUGAGUUCUACUCAAGCAACUGCCACUGCAACUGCUGCUAGUACUUCUAACACUCUGACUGGUGCUGUGGAAUCUGUGGAUAGACAGAUGAACCAUGCUCUGCCUGGUCAUGCUUCGGGUUCGACGGCCAGCUCUGCAGGCAGCACUGCUUUUGGUGGGACAGAUGUUGAUGCUAAAAAUAGCAUCCCUCAUCCACAGAGAAGUCGGCCUUUGAUCUAUGUGUAUGAACUUCCUCCUGCCCUCAUGACUUGGACAUUCCUGGACUCUCUGCCGGACAGGCAUGAACCCUUGCUGUUCCUGGAAAGACUGCUGAGAUGUCCGAGCAGGACCACCGAUGGACAAAAAGCAGAUUAUCUAUUUGUUCCGGCGUUAAUCCGACUGAACGCAAACCGGCCAGAAUAUGUCCGGAGAGUGGUUGAUUACAUUUCUAGUGCUUGGCCGUACUGGAGACAGAGAGGUGGGAAGGAUCACAUCUGGAUGUCGAAUGAUGACCGGGGCCUCUGUGAAAUUGGGCCCGCAGACUCCUCAGCUCGAUCGUUGGUGGAAAACUGCACGUUUCUUACCCUUUGGGGAUACUGGGGAGAUGGUCAGGCGGUAGAGGUGCCUACGCCUACACCUGACGACGCUGACGUGAGUCGGCUUCCAGGGAGAAAGGGAGGAGAAGAGGCGGCACCAGCACUCGAUGCGAUUGAGUCGUCUUUCCGACGUAGUCUUUUGGGUACCCCUGUGGGUUCUCCUUGCUUUCGAAGAGGGAAGGACAUAGUCAUACCCCCAAGUCAGAGCCUUUACUUGCUGGCAAAGUCACCUCAAGUCAACCCUUCUUUCGUCUUCAAUAGGACGACGGUUCUGUUCUUUGCCGGCAGUUCGGGAAGGUUGAGGCACAGCACAGGUGGAGGAUCUAGAACCUAUAGCUUUGGUGUGCGGCAGAAGGUGUUCGAUCUCUUUCAGAGCAGACAGAAUGAGUUGCAGUUUGAGCUCGUUGAGGGCGUCGUGACGUCGUAUGAAACGCACCUAGCCCGGUCUUUGUUCUGCCUUGCUCCGGCAGGUGACGGAUGGGGCCGUAGGACUACCCUCACAGUGCUAUUUGGCUGCAUACCAGUCAUCUUGCAGGACAACGUAUCGCAGCCGUUCGAUGAGCUCCUCGAUUGGAAUGCCUUCUCGGUCAAGCUCCGCGCCGAUGAGAUCCCAUCCCUGCCUUCGGUCUUGAAUGCUAUCCGAAGCUCUCCAGGCGUACUGGAACAGAAACAGAAGGCCCUAGCAGAUGUAUGCCCGCUUCGCGGCAGCGGAGGAGGAGAAGAUGGAGACGGAGAUGGGGGUGAUGGAGACAAGAAAGGAAAGGGAGUGCAGCGAGAAGACAGUAGGGAUAUAAGAAAGAUUAAAGUUAAAGUGUCGUGGACAUACACCGGCAAGAGGGACGAGUGUCUCCUACAUUGGAUUGCUGUUGUAGAGUCAUAUGUAUACGGACAGCGCAUCCCGUAUUGGGACAGAGUCUUGAUGGCCACUUCGUGGAUGGCCGGCGAUGCAAUGAGCUUCGCCAUAUCGUUGCAAAAAGAAGCUAACUGCCAAACUAUGAUUGAGUACUCACAGCAAACAAGUAUUGAAGAUUUCUUCAAAGCUGUCAGAGAAAGAUUUGAAGACAAAAUUUUAGCAUGUAGAACAGAAAUGCUGAUCUUAAACAUUGCAGAUCAGAAAUGGAAGAGUGCAUCUGCACUCAAAGCAACGAUGGAUGAAUUCUUACAAUGCGUUGAACAUGGUCUCACUCCUACUCAAAUCCUUAAUAACUUCGCAAAGGCGCUACCCGACCCUCUCUGUACUCAGCUUUAUCCCCGCACAAAGGAAGAGGGGAUGACAUACGAGAAGUUUAGCAAGAUCGCUAUAGAUCAUGUUGGCUUCUUAGCCGAAGCUAACUACUGUCAUUAUUGGAAAGAUCUGCAAGCGGGAAAGAAGUGGCAGAACCGCACUGGCACUAUCUUAGGGAACAUACCUGGGAAAGACAACCUCCUUCCGACCUUUGAAGAAGGAGGUGUCGAAACUCUCUCUUACGACCAGAUAGAUUAUGGUCUGGAGGGAGGACCCAACGGCUCGGUAGUUCAGGAGGGGGACUACGCGGCCGUUGUAGCCCGCGGGGGAGGGCGACAAGGAAGAGGACGUGGCAGAGGAAGAGGAGGCCGCGGGCGUGGUGGAAGAGGAUCUGGCACCCAGAGGGGUAGUGGUGAAGGUAACUACUAUGUGAGCGGAAGGGGCAAUGGUCCCUCACAAGGUGGCCGUGGGGAAGAGGAAGAGGCGCAUGGUAUGGUGCUUACAGGCGGUGCGUUCGAUCCCCUCCUCGGCGUGAAGCAAAGUGCGAGGGAAUUGCUCAGGGCUGACACCAGAAAUGCGAUUGAACUCGCACUUUGAUGGAGAAGCAGUUGCGCAGUCCAUCAGCGCGACGAUU